AUGGUGGUUGGUCAGCGUGGUCAUCGUGGUCGGGUACUUGUACUGCCGAUUGUAUGGCUUUACGCCAUGCCCUCGAAAAUGAUGCAAUUAGAAUUGCAGGAAUUUCGAUCAUGCAAUCUCACGUGUCGAUUGAAUGGACGAUGGUCAAAGUGGUCCGAAUGGUCUCCAUGUUCACCAUCAUGUCAUCGUUUUCGUACCAGAACAUGCACUUCACCUCCACCGAUUAAUGGCGGCCAUCCGUGUGUUGGAAAAGAGUUGGAAACAGUUGUUUGCAGCGAGGAGUGA